AUGCAAGCAGUAUCUCUCAAUGACAUGGAAUGUGACCACCUAUCUGCCUUAGCCACUCGACAAGUGAAGAUUAAACGGGACCCUGUCUACGGUUUUGGAUUUGUGGCUGGUAGUGAGAAACCUGUGAUAGUGCGAGCUGUGUCACCAGGCGGUCCAUCGGAGGGCAGACUCAUACCAGGCGAUCAGAUUCUAGCCAUAAAUGACGAGGGCGUCAGCAGUGCCCCGAGGGAAAGAGUCAUAGACCUUGUAAGGAAUGGCAAGGAUUCAAUUAUUCUGACCGUCCUUCAGCCUCAUCAAUCUCCAAAAUCUGCCUUUAUCAGUGCAGCAAAGAAAGCACAGCUUAGGACGAAUCCAGUCAAAGUACGAUUUUCUGAAGAGGUCACGAUCAACGGAAACACUUCCGAUCCUAUGAAAGAGGAAACUCUGAUGCUAAUCUCCAACGUGCUGAAUGUGUACCUGGAAAACGGUCAGAUGAAAUCGUUCACCUUUGACAGCAGAACAACCGUGAGGGACGUGAUUCUUACGCUGCAAGAUAAGCUGUGUCUCAGGUGCAUAGAACACUUUGCCCUGGUACUGGAGGUGGGCAAUGAAGGGCCAGAGAAGAAACUCCUUCUGCUUCAUGAGGCAGAGACUCUGAUACAGGUUGUGCAACGUAGUCACUUCAACACCAUGAAAUGCAUCCUCAGAAUCACCUUCUUUCCAAAGGACCCUGUGGACCUUCUGAGGAGAGAUCCUGUAGCAUUUGACUACCUGUAUGCUCAGAGCUGCAGCGAUGUGAUGAAAGAACGCUUCAGUGGUGAUCUAGCAGAUGAUGUAAUGCUCCAACUGACUGCACUGCACAUCUACAUCACAGUCUCCAAUGCAAGAAUCAGUCAGAAAAUCACCCUUAGGAAUAUUGAGAAGGACUGGGGCCUAGAGAUGUUCUUGCCAUCAUCUCUUCUGCUGUACAUGAAAGAAAAGCACAAACGGAAAAUCCUUGCACAUCAUCUCAAAGCAACUCAAGCCCCAGGCCCUUCAGGCAAAAAGAUCUCUGCAAUACAAGCCAAACUGCAGUACCUGAGGAUCCUAAACGAGCUCCCAUUGUAUCCAGGGGGACUUUUUAACUCUGUUGUGCUGGAUGCAAAACAGUCAGAAAUGACACUGCUUGUUGGGCCACAGCACGGCAUCAGUCAUGUUAUAGACCUAAAAACAAAUCUCACCACCAUUCUGACAGAAUUUGGCCGCGUGAGCCGAAUCCAGUUGUUCAGAGAGAAAGAGAACAUAGCUCGGGUUGAGCUAACCAUAUCAGAAGCGAAGCCUAUUGUGUUGCUGAUGGAAUCAACAGAAGCUGUAAACUUCGCUUGUUUGAUAGCCGGUUAUUACCGGUUAUUCGUUGAUGCAAAGAAGAUGAUAUUCUGUAGCGCCAAUGUUCAGCCACAAGUGAAUAAGGCAGACCACAGAAAUAUACCAAACAUUCUGCAACCAGAAUGGACUAUUUCGUCAUCAGGUCCUGUACUAAAAACCGAGGGAAGAGGUAUGAGUUGUCCUCACAAUCUCCCACACCACAAUGAGUUUCAGACUCCAUGCAAUCUGAUGGCAAACACCCCAGAGUCCAAUCUGGUAAGAUUUCAUUUUUUAAGAAUGCAAGAAAGAAGAAAGGAAUUUGAAAAUCAGAUCGAUGUUAAUGAAAACCUCAUCUUCUUUGAGGAGUCAAGACCAAGGACAAAGUCUGACCCCACACCGAAUACUUCAAAAAUUGGGCCAAGCAACUCUGACAUCAGGUGUGGUUCUGGGCAUCAAGGAUUUCUGAACAGGGGAAGAGCUAACACGUUGGACAGCCAGAUGAAAAUGGCAAUUGCUUACACCACUGACCACCAUAGUUGUAUUUGUCCGAAAAUCCCAGUGCAGCUAUCAAAAGUGAAUAGUACUAAAAUCCUUCCCAUAGUUAUCACAGAAAAUGAUGAUUUGCUUUGUGAUGCUUGUAAGGUCAAAAUGAAAGGCAAUAUUAUUCCCAAAGGAAGCAGUAUAGAGAAAUGCUUAAACUCAUGCAAUUACCGGGAUGACGUGAUCGACCUGACAACUCUGCCUCUGCCAGGAAGUGAUGAGGAACAUGAAGGAGAUGAAUGCCAUUCUCUACUUCCUACAUUGGCUCCUCCGCCACCAGGUUUCAGGGAUAAUAGUUCAGAUGAAGAUGACUCCAAGCGAAGGACCAGUCAAUGUCUCACGUCUAGUCGACAGCCUUAUGAGAUACACUUCAAUGACAUCCCAGUGUCACUAAUUGAUGGUGUUCAAACAAGGACUGUCAGACACAGGGCACAGGAACUGGAUGAUGCUCUGGUUUCCACACUCCAGGCCCUGGAAGCUUUAGCUGCAGCUGAAGAAUGUCCUCGUAGUCAACCACAAGAAGGUUCAGGUUUGAUUGUAUUGGCAGCUAUGACCCCAGAGUCAUCACUGGAUUCCGGCCAUGAAACAAACUCUUCGGAAAUGACUGACAUAUCUGAAAUGGUCUCAGCAUUCAAACAGCACCAUUUACUUGCUUAUCACGGAAACAAAACUGGUCUAAUUAUGAAAAAAGAUGUUCCCUUGAGUACUGUUAGAUGCUGUGCACAAGCUGCCUUCAAAGGAGUUCCUUGUCCAAAGAGGCAUUGUGAGGAAGCAAAUACUUUAUCUGCAGUUGCUUCAUCCAAACAGAGUCCCUUGUCUGGUCCUAUUCGACUCAAACCUGGACAUGUGACAGGAUAUUGUACGGUUCACAUGAGACCUCAGGCAUUCACUCAAUCUAAUGAAACCAUAAACAGGCCAGAUAAUGUUAUUUUAAAGCCUGUUUUACAACAGAAUUGUCCUAGUUGUCCAAAAAUUGUAGAAGAAAAUAUGUCUAAACAACAAACUGCUCAAUCCAAGGAAGACCCUUCCAAACUGACUUGUCCUGAAGAAAUAAUAAUUCAGAGUGAAGACAGAUCGUUUCUUCAUGUUGGAGAUGACGCAACAUGUAUCAAACAGUUGCUGAAUAGCAGGAACUCUGGAAAUAGCCCCAAGAUCUCAAGGCCUGAAACAAUCCAAGAAAAUUCAUUAAGUUAUGGCUCAACAGAUAACACCCCUUCUCCGAUUUCCAUGUACACAGAUAGCUGUGCUGAAUGUGAUUCUUCAAAAAAUGAGCAUGUCAAAUUUGAAGGAAGCAUGCAAGGAAGCUCCAGACCAUGUGAAUGUAAUUUGUUGAAAUCUGAGGUACCUGCGCAAAGACAAAUGGAUUCUCAGGGCCACAGAACAACUGUCUUCCAUACUUGCACACUAAAGAAUAAUGAAGCAGCAUAUGUAAAAGUAAACAAUAGGAAGUAUCAGCCAGCAACAGGUAAGGAAAUCUCAACAUUAUUCAAGAAUGAUCUUAUAGAUUUGGCGGACGUACCAACUAGUCAAAAGAAUAAUCACAACAAACCUGAAAAGGAAAGUCAACCCAAGAAAACUGGUUCCCCAAAUCAAGAGUGUUAUCUCAGUCCUUAUAGGUAUCCUAUUGCUGCUUUGGGACUAGAUAACAACAUAAAACAGCAAGGUAGUACUGAAAAGAUGAAACGUCAGGGCCACUCAUGUUCUUUCAAAACCAAUAUUAGUUCAGAAAAAACUGCUGACAUCCCAAUGUGUUCCAAGCCUUCCAGUCUAAGUGGUGUUACUUUGACACAUGUCACAUCAUCUCCAGAAAAUGUUGUUGAUGCUAAACAACACACGUCUCUUAUUCCUGAUAAAGCUAAGUCACAAAAAGGCUCCUUGCUGAAUUUUAAAAAUCUUUUCUCAGCUACUUUCCCAGUAAGAUUUAAGAAAGAGAGUGAUGAGAGGCAGGAGCAACUUCAAAAAGUGAAACAAUAUGAACUCGAGUUUCUCGAAGAAUUACUCAAGCCCAAAACCAAAGUUGAUGUAUUUGCGGAAGAUUACUUAUAUCGCAUAGCAUCUGGACGUUGCCCUUGUCAAAUCAAAAGCAGCCCAGUGGGAAACAUUCCAGGAUUGUCCCGAGAACAACGUCGUAGCUGUGACUGUAAACGUCGAGGACUGGCUUGUAACUCAAUGUGUUUUCCAUCAAUCCCUAAUACUAUGGAAUCACAAAGAGCAGAGAGAGCCAAAGGGGCUUGUGUUCACAAGCAGCCUAAAACCAGUGUUGUCCCUUCUGCACCCAAUAUCAGCGCCAAACAAAAGGCUGUUCGGAGGCGUACCUCAAGUCUGGAGUCCAGUGAUUAUAGAUCUGCACAGCAGCCUGGUGUGUUUUGCAUGAUGACACGAGGUGAAUGUCUGAAAAUGCCCCCAGGCAGGAAACUGGAGCGACACCACAGUGCCACCAACAUAGUCUCUGAGGCAGAAAUAAGUGAAAUGAUGUCAGAAUGUUCAGAAAACAGUACAAAUAUGGCCACUUCCAAGACAGAAGAAUCUAGGAAUAUGGAAAAAGGGAGUGAAUUUUUAAGAAAAAUCCUUAAAAACCAGUAUCAAGAACCAGCACAGUGUGAUGACCAAUCUCAUGUAAACAUUUCCAAUAUAGACAAAAAACAAAGGUCUCCAGCAAUUUUCUCUAUUCAGGGAGACUUCAAACCAUCAAGGUCAGUACCACUUCUCAAAGAAGACAUGGGCAGCAAUGACAGAUGCUGCUCCUUUAGGUACUGUUUUUAUUAUAGAAAUUGUGAUGUCGCUGAUGACAGCAGUGAUAAGGAUGAACUUUCAUAUUCAGUACCAUUGCAGCUUCUUCCAGACCUGAGGUCUGACAGUUCAGUGACACUCAGUGAAACAUUAGCUAAGACUUAUCAAAUGUCAGACAAAAAUGUUUCCAAUGGCAGUGGGGACAAUGUACAACAGGAGGCAGUAUUGAGUGAUACUGAUAGCAACAUAACCAGAAUUAAUGCUCUGCGGAAUAGAGCCUAUAUGUUACCUGAUGGUUUUUUCGCCGCCCAGCAGGACACUAGUGAACUGCUAUCCAUCUUAAGGCAGUGUACAGCGAACCGUGGAAACUAUGGUCCUAAACUUUACAUGUCUCACCUGGAUGAGUACAAACAAACACUCACACAGAAGUUUAAAGAGCUGCGAACUGCAUGUAGGAGAGUGGCAGCAGUGGACAAAAGCCCAACACACAUGCUUGCAGCUAUCUCAACUAGCUUUCAAGUGCUCUGUAGCCUGAUUGAGACCUUUGUGCAUUUGGUUUAUAUUGUGCGCUCAGAAAGGCAGUGCAAAGAGCUCCUCUCAAAAGUGGAGGAAGUGUUGAUCAACUACACGUUUUUACUCCGAGCAGCAGAGGAAUCAUCAAGUAAGACAUCUGCACAUCAUUUAACAAAGCAGUCAACAUCGGUAGCUACAGUAGUGAGCACAUUUACUCACUCUAUUAAAACAUUAAUGAAUAAAUAA